AACAUUAAUAGCUCCUCAUGAUUAUAUACAAACCUUUCAUCUCAACAAUAUUUUUAUAAAGAUUUUUUUGACGAACUGCAAUAAAUGCAAUAUUCGUUAUUAAAUGUAAUGUAUUUUCACAAGCAAUUCACAUCCACAAAGACUCCAAAGAAAAAAACGAAACAUUUUCUUUCUGAAAUUAUCACAAAUUUGCAGUCUCAGAAAUAUUUUUUAAUUUUCCCUUAUCUUUGAUGGUCUGAUUUUUAUUACUUAUCAAAAGAAAAUCGAAUUGAUUGACAACUCUAUUUGCCUGUAUAUACAUAAUUAUACUUACAGACUACGCAAUAUAUUUCAUUCAGGUAGAAUAAAAGAUGUCAUGCGGGAUUUUUUUAAGUUAUAAAUUGGACUCUUUUCAUAACUGAUCAUUUAUCACCCAACCUACAAGCGUCAAGUUCACUUGUGCGGCUUAGGAGUUGUGAUUGGCAUGCAGUCGUAUUUUAAAGAAUAAACGGGACAUGUCCGGAUCUUUUGUUAUCUAAUUAGCAUGGACCGAUGAACAUUAGAUCAACCUAGAUUUACCAACAGUACACUGAAAAGAAGAGGGUACGCCUAAAUUACUUGCAUCAGCUGGUUGGUAUUGAGGGGAAAAUGGUACUCUGCAGAAGGAGACGAAUCUUCAAAGGAAAACUAGCGGGAAUUGGUGUUGUGGUCCUAACGAUCGUUGUCUUCACCCAAUAUCAAGAGUUUUUGUUCCUGAAUUGCUGCAACAGCACACAACAAAAGAACUACGAAUGGCACCUAACUUCUCCCUCUUUUAUGAUUCGCACAACAAAUUUAUCAGAGAUUUUUGUAGAAGUAAAGCCAAACAACAAGAAUAACAUUUCAAUAUUUAAAGCAGAAUCUUCGAAAGUUCUUAUUCAAACGGCUGCACGAACAGAGACGUAUAUAAACAAGAGACUGCAAAAACACCACCAAGCAUGUGUGGGUAAAGAGUUUAUUAUUGGCCGAGAGCCAGACCGUAGCAUACCAUUUCAUUUUCAAGUUAGCAAGUCCCAUCAACUAAUAUACUGCAGCAUAGAAAAGGCAGGUACCACCUUCUGGAGGAGAGUGUUGCAAGUGUUGGACUCUACCAACCUGGACAAUCCUUACCAAAUCAAACCCUUAAAUGUUAAUACACAUUCUCAAUCUCUAGCUAAGGAGGACAUUUUUCGUAUGCUGGCCAAACUACGCACACAUGCAGUAUUUAUGUUUGUAAGAAAUCCAUUCAGUAGACUUUUAUCGGGAUAUUUAGAUAAAAUAUACACAGCUAAUCCUUAUUAUUGGGGCAUGAUUGGAAAAGAGAUUCGGUCCCCUGAGAUGAAUAACGCCAUAAUGCGAUUGGACAAGAUGAAAACUCUGCGAAGAAUUGAAAAGACACAAAUACCUUGCUAUCACGAUAUCACUUUUGAUGAAUUUAUCCAAUAUGUCAUUGAUGCAGAAAACACAACAAGUCAUAAGCGAGAUCCCCAUUUCAUGUCCAUGUACGACCUGUGUAAACCGUGUCAAAUAAACUACGAUUUUAUUGGCAAAAUGGAAACUUUUAAAAACGAUUUUAAUUUCAUCAUGGGAGCUUUAAACAUUUCUAAAUUUGAUGUAAACGAUUUGGAAAAGAUGACAAGCGACGACAUUUUUCUUGACGUUGCCACUUCACUAGAUGAGAGACGGAAUGAAAUUGUUAAAUGCAUGUCAAUGCACGAAGCAUAUCUUCGCUCUUGGAAACAUAUGCAAAUUAGAGGGCUGAUAAGCAAUCAACAAAACUAUCCAUAUAGCGAAAAACAGUCUCAGUAUCUAAACCCUAUCAAAUUUGUGCGGACUCUGAAAACAGCCAGGAGUAAGUCAACAUCUAAAGAGGAUCUAAAAAGACAAAAGGAACAAUAUUUCGUUGAUAUAUAUAGAACAGUUGAGCUGAAAAAGUUAGAAAAACUAGUAAAAGUUUUAAGAAGUGACUUUGAAAUUUUUGAAUAUGAAGCAUAUCCCGAAGCUGUUUUUGUAAAGAAUAUUAAAGAAAGACUGAAUCAUUCUGAAAUAUUCGAUGUACUUCGAUGAGAAUUCAUUAAAAUAAAACAAUACAUGUUUUGAAAGUGCUGAAAUGAAUAUGAAACCCCGCCUUUUGAUUUCGUCCAUAUAAUGAAGACUAGGAUAGCUUUUUUUCUUUUUUGCAUUUCUUUAAAACUUUAGUUUAAAAGCUUAUUUUUAGCAAUUUGUUGUAAGGUUUGAAAUAAAUUAGUUUUUGAAUAUAUUAUCUCCGAUUUAAGGACCGAUGGAAAAGUAGGUGAGUAAUUUGAUACGGACAUGCACAGAGUUCAAGAUAAAAUGAGUUAUCAAGUGCUUGUAAUUUACGCCAUUUCCACUCGAUAACUGAAAUUUAAAACUUAUUUUAUGGGAACGCUUACUCAAUUCAAAGUCAUUCUUGCUGAAUAAUAACACCAAUUUACAAAAAAGAAUGUUCGUAUUCGGAGUGGUGUCAUAAUUCAAGAUAUUUGUUUGUGACAUAUUAUUUAUUUAUGUGACUUCUUUGUUUAAUUUUUUCUGCUUAGCAUUCUGUUAGGAUAAUGUUUAUGAUUAAUCCUUUAAUAUAUAACCGGUAUGCUAUAAAACUCCUGUUUCAGCUUUUGUACAUUCAGAUUUUUAUUGCGACAGUUAUUAUUUGAAAGCAACUAAGCUGUUUUAUUAACAGGUGUUAAGGCUUUGGUGUUUCCAAUUGUAUGUGCUUUCCCUAUAAUUGCAGGUAUACAUGUACCACCCAUCUUAAAAAUGCAGAUAAGGAUGCAUAAGUAGGUAAUCAUGAAUGUUUUUAAUUAAAACGAAGAGUAAUUUUUUCGAUCAAUUGACAUUCUAUAAGUUAAUACAUGACUAUUUAAAUUGUACAUGUUUUUUUUUUACUUCUUCACACAUUAAGUUUGUAUUUAAACACUUUUAUAAAAGGUUAGAAAUAAAAUCUAUCUGUAAUAGCGCUUAUGCUCACCAGACUCAAAAUAUUUCAAAUAAUGUAACAAAGUUCGAUAUAAAUCAUUCAUGACGUACUAAUAACAAGGUGAAAAGGAAUGAACUAAUUGUUAAAAUGUUUAGAGACAGUUUAAAGACAAUCAAAAGACGUAAUAUUUAAUGUACAACUUCAGAUACUGUUAUUUUGUGCCAACCAC